AUGUGUGAAGCCAAGGAUGUGGACGCUGAAGAAACGGUUGAAAGAAGUGUAGAUUUGGACUAUGUGUUGGUGAAUGAGUUGGGCCAGUUUGGACGAUUUCAGAUUAAAUACAUAUGUCUCAUUGCACUGCCAAUGAUGAGUUCGGGGUUCUUCGGCGAUUACGUGUUUACGGCCACAGCGAUUCCACAUAGAUGUCGUAUUCCCGAGUGCGGUGAGAGCACUAAGAGUGAUGUCUUCGGUCCGGACUGGAUCACCAAUGCAAUACCACUAACAGAUGCAGGCCCUAAAUUCGCAAGCUGUGAGAGAUAUGCGCCUGCGCACUCUGGCUACAACGGCUCCUUGCUACACUGUCCCAUAGAUCUCUUUGAUCACUCAAUCACACAAAAAUGUGAUGAAUUUGUCUACGAUGGGGUCACUUCUGUUGUAUACGACUUUGACCUGGGAUGUAAAGAAUGGCUCAGAAUCUUGGCAGGGACACUGAGUAGUCUUGGCACGCUGUUGGUCCUACCACUUGUCGGCUACAUCUCUGACCACUUUGGGCGACGCAUGGCAUUACUCUUCAGUGUCUUCAACACGGCCUUGAUUGGGGUUUUCAAGGCUUUUUCAGUAAACUACACCAUGUUUCUUGCUCUACAACUACUGCAAACUACUUUAGGAGCAGGAUUAGCAAGUUCAGCUUACAUUUUUUCCACCGAGUUAGUGGGCCCUAAGUAUCGAGUGCUUACGUCCGCUACAUCUUCGGCAACGUUUUCCUGCGGGGAGGUAGUCCUAGGUGUAGUAGCCUGGCUUGUCCGCCCGUGGCGAUCUCUAAUCCUGACUCUGUAUAUCCCGGUCUUUCUUCUUUUGUCUUACUAUUGGAUACUAUCUGAAAGCGUCCGGUGGCUUUUAGCAAAGAAGAAAUACGCGGCAGCAAGACAAGUACUAGAAAAUGUCGCUAAAACAAAUAAAACAAACAUAAGUGCGAAAUCUAUGAAUGCUUUAUUGAAUCCUCCAACAAGGAAAUUAAAAAAUUUGCAGACUGAUCGUCGGAAUCUAAUACAAUCAAUCUUUAAAUCGAAAAUUCUUCUGAGACGCGUGUGUACUACGCCGAUCUGGUGGAUAUGCACAACAUUCGUCUACUACGGCCUGUCUAUUAAUUCCACGAAUCUAUCAAAGACAAUAUACCUCAACUACAUCCUGACAGUUGCAAUAGAAAUACCAGGCUUUUACACGGCCGUGCUUACAUUGGAUAGAUUCGGGAGAAAGAUGACUCUUUGUACUGGUUUCUUUUUUAGUGCAGCCUGUAACUUAGCAUUCGUUUUUAUACCACCAGAGCUCACAGUGCUCCGGCUGGUAGUGUACCUCGCUGGUAAAUUCGGUAUUUCACUGGUGUUCACGUCUCUGUACCUGUAUACGUCAGAGCUCUACCCCACAGAGUUUAGACACAGUCUAUUGGGCUUCUCAUCUAUGGUCGGUCGGAUUGGUUCUAUAUGCGCACCUCUUACACCACUUCUUACUGAUUAUUGGCUUGGUUUGCCAAACACAGUGUUCGCUAUAUUGGGGUUGAUGUCAGGCCUCUUGGUCCUCACGCAGCCCGAAACUUUUGGAAGGAAAUUGCCGGAUACCUUGGAGGAAGCCGAAACCAUUGGAAAAUAA